CAUUGGAAACGAGAGUAGAGUCACGGAAAGCCAUCAUGGUGAACCACUCCUCUUUGGACAACACUAUGACAUUCACUUCAUAUGGAUCCUUCCGCCCAAUCAAUUACUUCUUUUUCACUCUCACUCUUCUUGUUUACCUCCUCUCCAUUUUUUCAAAUGUUCUUCUGAUGCUGCUGAUAUAUUUUGAAUCCAGCCUACACAAACCCAUGUACAUUUUUUUGUUUAACUUGGCAGUAAAUGGACUGAUAGGUGCCUCUACCAUUUGGCCAAAAAUCAUGGAAAACCUUCUUUCAGAUACUCAGAAGAUCUCAUUUGUAGCUUGUCUACUUCAGUUCUUUUGGUGCUAUUUCUACAUUUCUUCUGCUUAUACCACUUUCUCAGUCAUGGCCUACGACCGAUACGUCUCCAUUUGCAAGCCUCUGCAGUACCACAGCAUCAUGACUCCUGGAAAAGUGAAAACACUGUUGGCUGCUGCCAAUGUUGUUCCUCUCUUCUCUAUAUCUGGACUCGUGUAUCUAUCUUCUAGAGUGCCACUGUGCAAGUACACCAUUCAGAACCUGUUCUGUGAUAACCUGACUCUCCUUAACCUCUCCUGUGUGAAAAGUGCUCUGGUUAAUCUGUAUGGCGUAGUCUUGGUCGCAAGCUUAAUUGUGUUCCCUUGUAUUAUUGUCCUGCUCUCAUAUGCAGUGAUUCUCAAUGUGAGUCUGAAAGCCUCAAAAGAUUCACAAAAGAAAGCACUCAGCACAUGCUCUCCUCAUUUAAUCACCUUUGUUAAUUUUGCAAUGGCCAUUCUUUUUUUUGCAGUUUAUUAUAGAUACAAUUCAUCUCUUCCAGGAGGGAUUUCUAUAUUAAUUACUGUAGAUGUUUUUCUGAUUCCCCCUCUGUUCAAUCCAAUCAUAUAUGGGAUCAGAACGAAGGAGAUCAGGAAAUGCUUUGUAAAAACAGUGAGAAAAAAGGAGAGAUAUUUCAGGGUUUUAAAUUUUUUUACUGUGAAGGUCAGGGUGCAAUCAGCUCCAAUCAAUGUGCGUUUCAAUGACUACAUCAACUAGCAAACGCUGUUUAUAUAUAAAUCACAGAUGCCAAGAUAAAGCUGGAGAAAAAAGCAUUGUAUUUGGUGAGAUGAAUAAAUAUUAAAUGAUUCAUACUGAUUCCAAGCCAGACAAUCUGCAGUGCCCUGCUAUAUUGCAGUGCAGCUUAGUCC